CCGUCUACUCUCUGCCCCAACAAACGGCUGCACCCGCUUGUUUUUUGCUUCUCUCCAUUGCAGCCUCCUCGACCCCGCUAUUGACGGGCUUUGUAAUACAUCUCCCGCGUCCAGACACUAAACAUGGCGGCGAUACAGAAUUUUAAGAACUUCCUGCGCCAUGGCAAGCAGGCCCGCCAGAACGCGGAGCCCACGACCAAUGUCUCCAAUGUCCACGCCCAGUCGCAACAUCAACGGUACAACCAGCACCCCGACCCCGUACAUCAUGGCAUCUCGGAGCCGGUAUUGGACCACAAGCCGCUGCAGAACCACGCUGCCCCCCAUGGCGACUACUCCGUCGGCGCUGGCGCUGGCGACAACCGCAACAUUGCCGCCCAAGCAGGCGACGCAGCAGCGCACGCCGCCGGUAGGGACCACAAGAAGCAGGCCGCUGCCAAGAACGCAGGUGUCGACCCCCAGGUACUCGAGCGCAUCGUCGCAGAGGAGCGCGAGGCCAAGGGCAAGCUGCCUAGAUAUCCCGGCCUCGAGCGAUGGACCCUCCUCGAGAAGAUGGGCGACGGCGCCUUCAGCAACGUUUACCGCGCUCGAGACACGACCGGCCAAUGGGACGAGGUUGCCAUCAAGGUCGUCCGCAAGUUCGAGAUGAACUCACAGCAGGACAAGCAUGUGCAUCCGGACUUCAAGACGCCAAAAGCAGCCGAGAGAGCGAACAUCCUCAAGGAAGUACAGAUUAUGCGCCAGCUCGACCAUCCCAACAUUGUCAAGCUCAUCGACUUCUCCGAGUCGCGGCAGUACUACUACAUUGUGCUUGAGCUGUGCCCCGGAGGCGAGCUGUUCCACCAAAUCGUCCGUCUGACGUACUUUUCCGAGGACCUAUCCCGCCACACCAUCAUCCAGGUGGCCAAGGCACUGCAAUAUCUGCACGAGGAGGCAGGUGUUGUCCACCGAGACAUCAAACCCGAGAACCUUCUCUUCUACCCCACACCAUUCAUCCCUACCCGCAACCCAAAGCCACGGGGACCAGAUGAUGAAGACAAGGCCGACGAGGGCGAGUUCGUCAAGGGCAAGGGCGCCGGUGGUAUUGGCCUUAUCAAGAUUGCCGAUUUCGGUCUGAGCAAGGUCAUCUGGGAUACGCAGACUAUGACACCGUGUGGUACCGUCGGUUACACCGCCCCUGAGAUCGUCAAAGAUGAGCGCUACUCCAAGUCCGUCGACAUGUGGGCGCUGGGAUGUGUGCUCUACACGCUGCUCUGCGGUUUCCCUCCGUUCUACGACGAGUCUAUCCAGACUCUCACGGAGAAGGUCGCACGCGGCCAGUACACUUUCCUGUCGCCCUGGUGGGACGACAUCUCCAAGUCUGCACAGGAUCUCGUCUCCCAUCUGCUAACCGUCGACCCCGAGAAGCGCUACGACAUUAACCAGUUCCUCAACCACCCAUGGAUACGUGAAGCAGACGAGCCCACAUACUCCGCCUACGACGCCCCACCGCUCGCCACACCCGCCGCUAAGAAGGAGCGCCUUCAGCCAGAUUUCUCCCACCUCGAGUCGCCGGGUGCUCGCCGCAUGGACUUCCGUUCGCCUGGAGCGGUCAACUUGCGAGAAGUGUUCGAUGUCAGUUACGCUGUGCACCGACAAGAAGAAGAGGGCAAGCGGAAGAAGCAGUUCAAGCAGGGCUACCGCGGCGCGAACGCUAUGAACUCGCUCAACGCUCUUGAUGAGGGUGAGGAUGACGACGAGUACGCUGCCGAGUCCGCACCAUACGAUCCAGCGUCGCAACAUCCCCCCGCAAAGCUUCCCAAGUCUCAAGGUGCCGAUGUAUCCGGCAUGGAGCAGAAGAUGCGCAACACCACACUGUCCGCCGCCGCCCAAGCUCGCCAGCAACAGCAAGCACAACCGAGACAGCAAGAACGUGGCUACGGCCAACACUCCCCAGCUGUUGCGGCUGCGGCUAAGCGCCAAGUCAGGAACAAGGGUGCGUUUGAGCUCAACAUGGACAGCUCGACAUUACUCGGCCGCCGCAACAAGAAGGGUCCCGAGCCCAGCGGCCUGAGGAACAACAUCUCCGUCCAAUGACAAUCCUCGCUUGCGAAAGAUUGGUGAGAUGUGGAUGAGAACUGUGUCAUGAUGGCGUUUCUGCGUUUCCUUAAUCACUC